GAUGUGUAUAUAAAGCAGAAUGACAAUUUAAAAUUAAUGAAUUUAGGAAAUAAGAAAAAUUUAGAAUAUGAUACAAAAAUAGAAAUAAGUAUGAAUAAUAUAAAAUAUGAGGAGAUUAGAAGAUUUUAUUUAAAUAACAAUAAUAGUUUUAUAAAUUCGGAUGGAUUAAAAUGCAAUAUAUUAUCAGCUAUCCAUUGUGAUGAGAAAAAUAUUUUAUUUUAUUCGUUAGUGUUUUCAUUUACUAAUAUAAAUAAUAAUUAUAUAGAAUUGAUAAAAAUUCAUAUCAAAAAUGAAAAAACUCAUGAAACAGUUGUAAAAGAUGUUCAAUUUAUUAUAGUAAAUAAUAAAUGUACAGCACAAAAUGAAAGAACAUUUUCAAAUAUAAAAAUAGCAAUGAAAAUUCAAGAGAAUAACGAAAUUAGUAGAUAUGCAAAAGAAAAUACUUUUAUUCAAGACAUAUCAUUAGAUAAUAUAUUCUACAUAAUUGAAUAUAGAAUGUGGCAUAGUUAUACUGAUUGUAUUGCCAAUGCAAACUUUAAUGCUUUAAAUAACCCCCAUUAA